AAUAAAGCAAAGGUUUGAUGUUUUAGUGAGCUACAUGUUACACAGCGAUGGGCAAGUUUCACGGAAAUCGUGAAAUCUGUGAUAACCGUGAAAAAAAAAAACCAAAAAAAAACCACAGCUUUAGUUAUCGGUUAAAACCAAAAAAGUAUAAGACAGCCCCUUUGAGUAUUAAUGUAAGCUUUGAACAAAUGAGACGGAGACAGUCAAGCGUGGGGAGCUCUGUGCCUCGCAGGUCACUGCUGAACGGCUGCAGAGCCCCUCCUCUUUGGCAUGCAAAGGGUUAACUCCGCUGUGCAGCAGGGGAGCAGCAGGCUGGGUAUCUGUGUGAGCCAAGGUGUGGGUGUAGACUCGCUCGCUCGCUAGCUCGCUGUGUGAGGUGGGAACUAGAUCUGGCUCUUGAACCUCAAGCUUCUUCAAUUGUGGUAGCAGCUGCAGUAGUGUCACCGUGAGGCGAAACCCUCAGGGCUGAGUUGGAACCCGAAGGAGAGAACCUGUCUGGGCAACGACGAGGGACUCUGGGCGCGAGGGACAGGUGAGCAUGGGCACGUCUGAAGACGGUCUGAUCGGGAUCCCGUUCCCGGAGCACAGCAGCGAGAUCCUGUGCCGGCUGAACGAGCAGCGGCGGGCGGGCCUGCUGUGCGACGUGACGAUCAAGACGCAGGGGCUGGAGUACCGCUCCCACCGGGCCGUUCUGGCCGCCGUCAGCCAGUACUUCCGCAAGCUCUUCACCACCGGGGGGGGGCGCUCGGGGGGCUUCGGAGGCGGCGGGGGUCCGCGCAGCGUCUGCCAGCUGGAUUGCGUGGACCCUGAAGCCCUGGCCGCUCUGCUGGAGUUCGCCUACACGGCCACGCUCACCAUCCGCACCUCCAGCAUGCGGGGAGUCCUGCGCGCCGCGCGCCUGCUCGAGAUUCAGUGCGUGACGGACGCCUGUCUGGAUAUCCUGCGGAGCAGCGGGGAGGAGGGGGAGGAGGAGGAGGAGGAGGAGGAGGAGGAAGCAGCGAAGGAGGAAAGCAAGCGGGAUCUGGGGUUGGAAGGGGAGGGGCGUUACGAGACGGACGCCCGAUUCCCGGAAGGAUUCCCGGACGGAUUUGCCCGGGAGAACGGCCGGCCAGCGUCGGAAGAGGAGGGAUCCCCCGCUCCCCAGAGACAAGUGCCGAUGGGAGGAGGGAGAGGAGGAAGGAGCAGGGGCAGCCCUAGACGGCCUCGCAAGAGGGUCGGCAACAGACUCCCCCUGCCUCUCCUUCACCCCGUGCUUCGGGGGGCUGCGCUGGACUACUCACUGAGGGAGAGGGAGAGGGAGAGGGAGAGGGAGAGGGAGAGGGCCUUGGGGAGCUCUGUGAUCAUCCCCAGGGCACCGGAAGACCUGGACAGGGAGGAGAUCGAAGACUACGAAGGAGGACGAGGGGAGAGAAACGGCUUCUCGUUCAACGAGAGCACGGCUUACAACGGCUGGCGCUUUCGGACUGCCGCGGACCACGAGAGGCUGUCUGUGGAGGAGGAAGAGGAGGAGGAGGAGGAGGAGGAGCCAGGAAAGGGGAAGGGGUUUGCGCACCCCGGCCCGCAGCUACCCGAACCAGCCGGGCUCCCCUUCUCUUUCCCCUCCGCGGGCAGCCCCCAGCUCCCCGACAAGGCCGUGCGAAAGAGGAAAUCGCAGACGCCCCAGCAGUGUCCCGUCUGCCAGAAGAUUAUCCACGGCGCCGGCAAGCUGCCUCGGCACAUGAGGACCCACACCGGAGAGAAGCCUUUCCAGUGUGGCACCUGUGGGGUCCGAUUCACCAGGAACGACAAGCUGAAGAUCCACAUGCGGAAGCACACAGGCGAACGUCCUUACUGCUGCCCGCACUGCACUGCCCGCUUCCUGCACAGCUACGACCUCAAGAACCACCUGUCCCUGCACAGCGGCGACCGGCCCUUCGAGUGCACGCUGUGCCACAAGGCGUUCGCCCGCGAGGACCACCUCCAGCGACACCUCAAGGGACAGAACUGCCUGGAGGUGCGGACCAGGAAGCCUCGCAGAGCGGGAGGAGGGGGAGGAGGAGCGGGGCUGGCCCUGGAGGAGAGUCAACCACUGACCCUUCUCCAGCAAGGAUACCCCGCCCCCCUCCUCUCCCGCUCCCCCCUCCCCUCCUUUGUGUCCGCGGACGGCAGGCUGUGGAGUCCCGGCACCUCCACUCCUCCCUCCCCGACCCCCAACGGCCCCUGGGAGGGCCCCGAUUCCUCCGAGGAGCCCCUUUAGUUCACAGCGCGGGGGUUCCAGCGGACUGCGGUGUGGAGCGUGGCUUCACUGCAGCAGACAGGAGGGGAGGAAGCAGUUAUAAUAGGGGAGAUGACUAGCGGUUAACUUACAAAGGGAGCAACAGGUUUAUCGUUCAUUUUUUGUGUGUUUUACUGUGUUUUCAGUUUUUCUAAUUAUUAUUAUUAUUAUUAUUAUUAUUAUUAUUAUUAUUAUUAUUGUCGUUGCUGUUAUUAUCAGAUCAUUAUUAUAUUAUCAAGAUCAUUGUCGUUUUUUUUAAUAUAUUUUUGUUAGACGUUCUGUGUACAGGCAGCCCUGGCUAGUUUUUGCUUCCUCUGUGCUAUGCAAAAAAAAAAAAAAAAAAAAAAAAGGAAGGAAGGAAGGAAGGAAGGAAAGAAAGAAAGAAAGGUGACAACACAACCUUAAAGGGGAAGUCACUGAUUAUUCACCCAUGAGAGAGAGAGAGAGAGAGGGAGAGAGAGAGAGGGAGAUAAUGCACUAGAUUUUAAAGCUCUGAAAAUCUAUACAUUUGAAUUGCUAUUGUAAACUCGUAGCACUGUUUGCUGUGUAAGGAAAAUGUAUUAGUUUUCUUGAGCUUUUUCUCUGAUGGCUCACUUGGGGUUUAGGGUUGGUGUGAUUUUAAGGUACAGCAAAGUGGCGUUGAGUUAGCUUACAGCUAACUUUUUCCCAUCCACUGUUUAAUCCCUUUAUUCCUCUCUUAAUAUAUUAUAUUUGGAGAUUUGAAGUUAAACGGGUUUAAAGGUAACAGUCAGGAGAUUUUUUUUUUAAAUAUGUAAUCUAAAGCAAUUAGUGCCACCUAGUGCCCCUUACCUGUAACUGCACACCUUUUGAAUAAUCUCGUUUAUUUGGGGGUUUUUUUUGUAUAAAAACAGCUGCAAAAAAAAAAGGGAUCAGCCAAAUAAAGGAUAGGAUAUCAGGAAUGGAAACAAGACUCCCAUUGCAUAGCAAGGCGAUCCAUUCCUGGUUUCACGACUUUGUUUUAAUAAGAAACGUAGCAAAGCCUGGAAUGGGUGAAACUGCGGUGCAAUUGGAUCCUUAAUUGAGGUCUGUGGUGUGCGCAAGUUUGGGGUUUGAAUGGAAAGAUGGUGGGUAGGGAGAUUAGUUGAACCCCGUUUUCACAGAUGCAGCAUUAAGACGCACCUGAGCUUGUUGCCUAGACACACUGUGACUCAUCAAGCUGGUAGGAAAACCUGGAAUGGGUGACCACUGCUGUGCAACAGGAGUCUUGUUCCCAUCCCUGAUUGGGCAGGGGGGUUUCCUGUAUUGUUAACCCCAUUUUACGUACCAAAUGAAUUCUCUUUUUGAAAAAAAAAAAAAAAAUCGGAGCACGAGCUGUAUUUAGGUCAUUUGAUACAUUCUAUUUCGUCACAGAAAGAAAAAUCCGAUUUUGACGGACAGUCAAGUAAGUUAGACUGUAAUUACAGCAGUGAAAUUUCACGCCGGCUAUGAAGUAGCAAUGCAGCCACUUUUAUCAUUACAAAAACACCAAGAAAUUUAAUCAUUUGGAAGCCAUAAAUAAACGCAUGUGAAGGGCUGUGUUUGCAGAAUUAUUAACUUUUGCGGUUAGCAAAAUCUGAUUCCGUUUCCAUAACUCAAAGACAAACCAAAUCCAAUUACGUUACCGAAAAAUUAUAUAGAGAGGGAUGUUGCCAUUGCAGGCAAAUGCGCUCUACGUUGUAAGAACUAGCCCGACUCUUGGGUUUGAGUCUAAUAAGGAACUCUUUGAACCCUCACCACACUUUGAGUGAAUCCAGUUCUGUGUUUUGCUUACUGCUUUAGAAGCGACUCCAAAUUAUAAAUGUAUGCGCGUCGGGCCCAAUGUAAUGUGGGGCCGUUUGUGUUCAAAUUAUGCAGCACGAAAACAGAUUGUGUCCAAACAGAGCCGCGUGCAAAACGUAUUUAAACACCCCCUAUAGCUCCUGAAUGAAACCACCGCCUCUGAAAACCUGGGGGAACCGUCUGGCAAAUUAGUAGCGAUGGUCUAAUUGCAUUGAUGCCUUUAAUAGGCCACCCAUGCAAUUCAUUUAAAACAGUAAAGAGAAAAGGAGCACAGAGCCACACACGGUAAAACGCAGGAGACUUUUUAGAAGUGGUUUAAGACGCCUGAUUAAAGCACAGAGCGGUGUGACAUUUUCACACACGAGUGUGUUUCUAUAUCCCCGAUUACUGAGCGGAGAUUGAAAUCCUCACACCCAGAGGUGUUUUCAUGCAGGCGGGUAGAUGAAGGAUAUCGAUGACACAUCUGGAGGGGCUCGGAUACGUUUUGCACACGGCUCUGUAUAUAGGUGCUGUGUGUGUCAAUGCUGGUUUGGUUUGUGUGUGUGUUGGUAUUGUUUUUAUGUAAACCUAAGACUUACGAAUUUGCACUAAAAGUUGAAGUUAAGAAAACUUGAAAAAAAAAAAAAUGUUAAAUUCUGUGUGCAAUAAUAACGGUUUAUGUUUUGAAUGUGUACUUUUGAGGGAGUGUUUAAAAUUAACGAUUUAUUAACUAGAUAUCAAUUCAAACCAAAAAGAAAGACAGUCGAAGGAGAGAGGUACUGUUAAAUUGAUUUGUUGAAUUCACCGGGGUGAGGGGAGAAUUGAGACUUUUUUCAACUCGCAUCGCGAUGACUUCCGGUAAAACUUACGUGUCUCAGGUACUUUUCACAACAGGACUACACUUACCAGAAUGCAUCGCGGUUUGUGUUGAAAAGCCUGACGUGCAUGUAACCCUAAUUAUGACGGUUGACCUUUUUUAAUUGAACUUUGUAUAUAACGCUGUGUGCUUU